AUGAGUACUGUUAUCCGAGCAGGUAUACCUUUUAAUCAUGGAAAUAAUCGUAAUACUAGAGAAUAUGAAAUUUCCGAUUGUCUACGAAGAUGUCAUUUAGGUAUAUUAGAAAAAAAGUAUGGAGGUGCAGAAAAAGCACAUAAAGCUGCAACAAUAAUACAACGAUGUUAUAGAAAUUAUAGAUUAACAAAAUUUUAUAAAGGAAUUGUACCUCAAAAACGUAGUGUACGAUCAAAAUCAUCAACUCCAAGUUUACAUCCAAUGAAAUCAGAAUCAUACAUAAAUAGAGUAUUACAAACAAAUAUAGCAACAUGUCAAAAUAGAAAAUUAUCACCAUGUUGGCAACAACUAUCAGAAGCAAAUUUGCCAGAUCCUCAUUUGACAAGAAAUUUAAAUGUAACAGUACCAGAAAUAUACAAUUACUCAGCACCAACUCGCAAAGGUACUGGAAUAAAAAUAGGAAAUAAUAUAUCAAAUUUCAGUAAAUUGGAUUUAAAUAAUACAUAUACUCAAGGGAUUCAUAUAUUAACACCAAGUGAUGAUAUUAUUUUAUCAUCAAAAAAUAAAGAUAAUGACAAUAUUUUUAAAAAUGAUGAUGAAAAGAUAUAUCAAACAUUUCAAACAUUGCGAUUUGAUUCUAAUUCUUCAUUUAAAAAUACAACUUUUAAUGAUACAAUUAAUCUGUCAUCUGACAUUACUAAUCAAUUACCUGAAACAUCAAUAAAUAAUUUUCAAAUUGGUAAUAAUCAUCUACCUAAUACAAUGAAUUUUUUUUCUAAAAGUUAUGCUAAUACAUCAUCUCCUAGAUUGGCUCCUCAUAGAAGACAAAUAUAUUCAAUAUUUCAAAAUAAAAAUUUACGUGGAAAAGAUGAUAACAAUGAUUAUGUUGAUUCUUCAAAUGUAGAAAUUUAUUUAUCACAAGGUAGUGGUUGUUUACAAAUUGAUGAGGAUAGUAAUACAUAUAAAAAAAUUAAUUAUGGCACCAGUAGCCCUAAUGUUUGGGUAUUAAGAAAUAAUAAGCAAAUAGAAAAUUACCAAAAAACACCAUCAAACUUGAAUGAUUCAGAUUCUACUACACAAACAAAUUCUUUUAAUUCAAGUAAUUUAUAUGAUAAAUCAUUAAACUGUCAAAAAGAUAAUUCCAUGCCAAUGAAUGUUUCAUCACAGGGAUCAUCAUUUUUAAAGAACAAAGAUUAUGAAAAGAAUGAUUAUAAUAGUUAUAGAAGUGAUAAUACAGGAUUUAGUAAAUCAACUACAAUGAUCUCAACACAUAAAUCAAGAUAUCAAGGACCAGAGAAUGGUGAAUGUUUAUUAAGAAUGAGUGAAAUGUAUGAAAAAAAUAUUGAUAACAAAAGGAAACGUUUAUAUAGAAUUUGUUUAAAUUUUUUUAAUAAAAAACCUGAUCGUGGAAUUGCAUUAUUAGCAAAAAAUGGUUUUAUUCAAGGUAAUCCAGAAGAAGUAGCACAUUUUUUUUUAACAAGACGUGGUUUAAGUAGAAGAAAAAUAGGAGAAUUUUUAGGAACACAUAAUUCACAAUAUCAUACAGAUGUAUUAAAUCGUUAUGUUGAAUAUAUGGAUGUUAAAGAUUUACCAAUAGAUUUAGCAAUAAGAGAUUUUAUGAAGUACUUUACUCUUCCUGGUGAGGCACAACAAAUUGAUAGAAUUGUUACAGCCUUUGCACGUCAUUAUUCAAAAUCUACAUAUAAUAAUAUUUUUAGUAAAGUAAAUGAAGAUGUAAUUCAUAUAUUAGCAUUUGCUAUUAUAAUUUUAAAUACCGAUCUUCAUUCACCACAUUUAAAAAAAGAAAAACGAAUGACAUGUAGUGAUUUUGUUAAAAAUACACGUCAAGCAGAUGAAUUAGGAAAACUUCCUGUUGAAUGUUAUGAAGAAAUAUAUCAUCGUAUUAAAAAUAAUGAAAUAUUACCAGCAAGAGAUCAUGUAACACAAGUUGCAAAUUUACAAUCACAUCUUAUAGGUAAAAAUAAACCUAAUUUAGUUGAACAACAUAGACGUUUAAUAUGCUAUUGUCGAAUGAAUCAAUAUAAAGGUGGAAAUAAAAAACAAAAUAUUAUGGCUCAUUGUAGAGAAUUAUUUUUAUUUAACGAUUCAUUAAUGAUCGCAAAAAUAAGUCGUAAUAAAAAUGGAGAAGAUCAUUAUACAGUUAAAUUCUAUGAACAAUUAGAACAAUUAUCUGUAACAAUAUACGAGUCUAAAUAUGUAGAACAUGGUAUAAGAAUAUAUGAUAAAAAAGGUAAUGAAAUAAUUUUAAUAGCAAGAACAUUAUCUGAUCAACAACGUUUUAUGAUGGAUUUAAAAGAAUCAUUAUUAGAAUGUAUGGCAGCGGAAAAUGUUAGACUUAGUAUGCAAGUAGAUUUACAAAAAUUUAAAAAUCAAGAAAUAUCAUUGGGAGCUGAAUUAAUAUAUUAUUAUAAAUUAAAUAAUGGAAUAGAUAAUCAACGAGAUUCUGGAUUAUCAGAUGUUGAACCAAGUGUCUCUAGUUUAUGUCCUUCAUCAUCAUCUUCCUCAAAUGUUAAAGCACCAAAUACAGCACCACCAAUAAGAAGAUUAAGUUAUAAUUCACUUGACAGUGGUGUAAUAGAAGGAGGAUGUGAUCUCUAA